CAGCCUCAUCAAUGCAUAUAAAGAGCGUCUCUCACAGCUUCAGCUCACAAUCAAAAGUUUCCUGCACAACAAUCAAUAUGAAGCUGCUGCCAAUACUCGUGAUGAUGGCUCUGGUCAUCUGCGCAGCCUGCAAAAACCACGAGGACUUUGGAGGGCACAGGCCAUGGGACUCGGAGCCUAGAUCGCGUCCAUCCAAUCCCUACGCUUAACCGAAAACCGCAAAAAUAAACAUUUGAUUGAAAACUUAA